CCGAGAUUAUGAUGACGACUUGCAUGACAUUGUCGUCUUGUUCGUGGCGACAACACCCAAAAGAGCGAGCCAGCAUACUUGUUCCUGACGAUGAGACAGCACCGCUCUCCCGAAGACGCCGAUUGAUGCUGAAGACGCCAAUUAAUGCCUGUGACUAUUCUCCCACGGACGUUGAUUCCUGCUGGUGACGAUUCUCCCGCUGACGCCAAUUCAUGCUGAUGACGAAUCUCCCGAGGGCGCCAAGUCUUGCCUCCGACGAUCGUGGACAUCUUGCAUCACUUGGUAUUUGCGCAACUCUGUCCUCGUCAUGCAAGAGCAAACGCGAUCGUGCUGUUAUCGAUAGAGGUACGCCCGAAACGACACAGAGGUACGGCAUGCGCAUACGAAGAAGCUGGAGAAGAAGAACACAGAAGGGUAUAAAAGCUGAACAGAUUACCCGCGUAUUCUUCUCGUCAACCCAAAGACAAGCCUCUCCAGUUCAAAGCCUGCCCUUCGCCUCAGCCGCCUCAAACCGCUCUUGGCAAGAUGAAAUUCUCCAGCCUCGCUCUCGCCGCCGCGGCCUUUGUGCCCCUCGUCUGCCAGUCCGUCUCUGCCGCGCCUGCGGCCGAAAAGGGCGUCGAGAAGCGCUUCGAAACGGGUUACGCUGAUAUCGUUGGUUCCGUUGCCGAACUGGCCAAUGCUAUCACCGAAGGCAAGGCGGCAGACGACGAACUUCGCGCGCGUUUCGCACAGAACAUGAUCGAUGGCAUGCGCCAAACGUGGGGCGACGAGCACAACUACGUCAUCU